CUGGGCGGCACUUCCGGCCGGAGCGUAGAUAUCCCAGAGUGCAGCGCGGCCCCGCUCCUUCCGCCCAGGCAGUCCGAGCAGAGUGGCAGCCAUGGCCGUGCGCUACCCGAUGGCCGUCGGCCUCCACAAGGGCCACAAGGUGACCAAGAACGUGAGCCAGCCGAGGCACAGCCGCCGGCGCGGGCGCCUCACCAAGCACACCAAGUUCGUGCGGGACAUGAUCCGCGAGGUGUGCGGCUUCGCCCCGUACGAGCGCCGCGCCAUGGAGCUGCUCAAGGUCUCCAAGGACAAGCGCGCGCUCAAGUUCAUCAAGAAGCGGGUCGGGACCCACAUCCGCGCCAAGAGGAAGCGCGAGGAGCUGAGCAACGUGCUGGCCGCCAUGCGCAAGGCUGCGGCCAAGAAGGACUGAGCCCCCCACCCCACCCCCAAUAAACGCUGCGUGUGUCUCGGU